UAAAUUUGGCUGUACAAAUGAAAGUAAAAUUUAUUUUCAUUUCCACGAUUUUCGUUUGCGAAAGUUUUCCCCAAAAAGUUAUGUGAAUGGUCGUGUUUAUUGAAGUUUCCGGACCAGUAGAAUAGAACAUGCCGUGCUACAACAUUCCAGUGGUCGAUCCGGACCUGCGGCACGAGGAAAUGAUCCUGCAGGCGGUCAAUGUGUUCGAAUUUCUGAACCAAGUGAUAGAAGAUGUUUUCGAUCGAGUGAAUCGACGGAUCGAGUCUAAUCGGAAGCGUUUGGAGAAAAUUGAUCUGCAGAUCGAGCAGGUCAACAGAGACGUGGCACGGCUGAAGCAAACCAAGGAAGCAAUAGUGAUCUAUUCGCCGUGUCGUUAUCCGGGGGCCGAUUUGGAUCACACCAUUCGGCCGACAUUCGAUGAUGUGGAUGUGGGAAUUCGUAUGAAGGAGACUGAGUUUGCCCUGAAGGAUGGGCCGUACGUGCCGAGCCAUUCGUACCAGGAAAAGAUUCAAUUCUAUCACGUUAGAAGCCCAAUCGAUAGGAGUAGGAUUUUCAUGUUCGAAGCCAAUCGUCAGUUGGUGACGAAUGAGAAAAUUAAGUUUGUCGAUUCGAUACUGCUGUUUAACAGUAAGGAAUUUGCGUUGGAAUUUGGAAAAGAAUCGCUGGAUCGGUCCCGAUCCGGGAAGAAAACCCCCGGUAGGAUACGUGAAGAAAAGAUUUUGUCCUCUUCUUCGCCAAUCAUAAGAAACCGAUCCCGAAGGAAGGGGCAGGACAUAUUUUACACUCCCACACUGAACGAUGCUCCAAAGAUGGACGUUCCCGUGGAUCUUCCGGAUCUACCAGGAAUCGUCACCAAUAUACAGUACGCCGGCAACAAUACGCUAAUUGCUCCGUCUCUCCAGUUGGCAGCAAUAGCAGACCAGUUGCCGGAAAUAGAAGAUCUGACAGUGGAAGCAACCGAAACUAUUCCAGCUGGUGCUCCGAUCCCAGAAAUAUAUUCCCUAGCCCAAGUGCCUUCAGGUGCGGUGCCACCUCCACCUCCGCCACCAAUGAUGAUGACCACAUUUACUGCUCAAUCUACAAAGACGACAACUGCUGCUGUUCCUCCGCCGCCCCCGCCACCUCCACCUCCGCCAGCACCUCAGUUGUUGCUUUCGUCACCGGAUGAAGGUGAUGGGCCAAAGACGACUUCCACCCCGGAGAAGCCAAAAACGCCGACUUCCAGUGGUGGCGGAGGCGAUGCCCACUUCAAUCUGAUGGAGGAAAUCCGGAAGGCCGGUGGGGCGGGUAACGCCGGCCUGCGUCAUCAGCAAACCCGGGAGGGCGGACGGAUCGAUUCGACCAAACCGUCAAAAUCGGGCGGCAGCACCGGUCCGCAGAACUUCAUCGACGAUCUGCACAGCAAGCUGCUGAUGCGGCGAAAGGGAAUUUCCGGCGCCCGGGAAAAUCAAGACCAGCAACAACCGGGCAACGUUAUCGACCGGCUGUCGGCACUCAUUCCGCCGCCCCCGCCGAAGCUGGAGGGUGCCAGCGCCAGCGAAAGCAACGACGAAGAUUGGGAUUGAACAGGUUUUCAUCAAGGAUGUGAGAUUGAGCUCGUUAUAAUAAUCCAUAACAAGUGUUUCGAAUACUACUUUUUUUAUACUUUAAUCACCCAUUGUUGAGUUCACACGUUUGUUUCGUUUUUUGUCUGAAAAAUAUUUAAUUAAAAUAUUUAUAUCCAGAUGUAGUUAAAGUAAUGUCAAUAAUGUGU